GUAAGUUCGAGAGCGAUGAGAAGGGGGAAAGCUGUUCCAAAGAGGAGCAAGAAAGCAGGAGACUCGAAAUCCAUCAAUGAAUAUUUCAAGCAGAGAAAAUCAGGGACAAACAACAUCAGAUGCCGGAAUUCAGAUGAACAAAUUAUAGAAUCUGGAGAUGAAAAUAAAAGCAAUCCCCCAAAAGGGUUCUUCGCUUGUUAUCUGUUAACCUCUCUCAGCCCUCGUCACAAAGGCCACACUUAUAUCGGGUUUACUGUGAACCCACGGCGUCGGAUUAGACAGCACAAUGGGGAAAUUGGUAGCGGUGCUUGGAGGACAAAGAGCAAACGCCCAUGGGAGAUGGUUUUAUGCAUUCAUGGUUUUCCAACAAGUGUUUCUGCUCUUCAGUUUGAGUGGGCCUGGCAGCACCCUCAAGGAUCAGUGACCGUGAGGCAAUCAGCUGCGACUUUUAAAUCUUUUUCUGGAGUCGCCAACAAGAUCAAACUUGCAUAUACAAUGCUCACACUCCCUGCCUGGCAGAGCUUGAACAUCACGGUAAACUACUUCUCAACGAAAUACACAAAUCAUUCUGCUUGUUGCCCAAGCUUGCCGGAGCAGAUGAAAGUUAAAGUUUGCUCAAUGGAUGAGCUCCCCUGCUAUACUGGACCAGACGAGUCUGUAUGCGAAGAUGAUUUUGAUAACUUAGACGAACAUGAAGAAGUUGGUCAUACAUAUGAAACUGCUUCGGAAACCUAUCCAAAUGAAGGGGUUACUGUUUCAGCAGAUAAUUUGCAUAGCGUCAUUCAUGAGUCUUCUCAUGAACAAUUUGAACACAUUGAAGAAAAUGGAACAAGAAAACUAGGAGAAUCAUCCGGUCUUGGAGUACAUAAUGUUGAGUCAUUAGUUUCAACUGAUUCCCUAACUAGUAAGGCCACCUCAGUCGAGGCCGCUGAAUGUGCAGCUACGAGCACUGCUGGGAAGGAAUCUUUGAGGGGCAUGUGGUUUACAUAUGCUGUGGAAGCCGAUGAAGAUCCACCACCAUGGGUAAAAGAGAAACUAUCGACUACUGAUAAUGAAAAACGAGGGGAUUCUUCCACUAGUGGAGUAUAUCACACACAGUCAUUUGAUUUCAUUUGUUCAUCACCAGUAAGGACAUCAUUCUCAAUUGUUCCUAGCCUUUCCAGUGGAGAGACAGCAGAAGGAACUGAUACAAGCAUUAUUGAGAAGGAAAGUCGGGUUCAGAAGGAAUUAUCAGCGUUAGUAGGAGGCAAUGGAGAUCAACAGCCAUGGACAAGAGAAAAACCAUUAACCACUGAAGUUGAAGUUGAAGUUGUGAAAGAUCAAGUCCCUAGCUCUGAUUUUGCUCGAGAAGUCGAGGUAAUAGAUUUAUUAACCCCGUCUCCCAGCUAUAGAGUAAGGCCAUGCAUCAAAAGAAGAAGAAUUUCCAAGUUUUCUCCUGAAAUCAUAGAUCUCACUUAAGUUUUAUCCGACUAUAUUGGAUGACGAGCAUGAAUAAUAGAAGAGGAUUAAAGAGGCCACAGAGAAUAAUUGUUCUUGUUCUCAUCAAAUACUACAAGCCUGCCUAUGUGAUGAUCGCAUCAGUGUAUAUUAGGCCAAUAUCAGAUGGUUAUAUAAUUUUUCAGCGACUUAUUAGACAUGAAACCAGAAAGAUCAAGAUGAAUCCGAGAAUGAAGACUCAUCACGUAUCUUUACAUUGUCA